AAAUUACACCAUUCCAGAUGGGCCGAGAGCUGAUCGUUUGACUUCAGAUGAUCACGUUCAGACGAACCCGAUGCCUGGCUGUUCGAUGAAAAUUUUUUCGGGGGAUCCCACGCAACACGAAGUUGCCGAAAGCGUUAAAAUAGGCGACCCCUUGACCCUCGUCGUGUCGAUAGACGAACAGGACACCUACGGACUGAGAGUAACGGACUGCCUGGUGCGGGACGGACUCGGAUGGGGCGAACAAAAACUCAUCAACGACGACGGUUGUCCGCUUGACAAGGAGAUCAUGGGAGUCUUCGAGUAUUCCAAGGGCAGAACGAGAGCUUCUGUGCAAUUCCAGGCUCACAAAUUCCCUUACACCGCAUCAGUUUACUAUCAGUGCAACGUCAAGCUCUGUCUAAAGUCUGAUAAUGGCUGUGAAUACGUGACGCCUCCCGAGUGUGGAAUCAGCAGCAACCGAAUUCGAAGGCAGGCUAUAGACCCUAGCAGUGAAGGAACUCCAGCAACUAUCGAGGUGUACAGCGGCCUUUAUGUCAACGAAGACAACGACCCCGAAAAAGCUGCACCUGAAGACGGCGCUGUUUACAGCAAAAAGACUUCAGAUGACAGUAUUUGCAUAUCGCAGCACAGUUUUGCAGUUGGAAUUUGUGUGGCUGGAUUAAUUUUAAUGUUAGCUGUUGUAGCAGCAAUUUUAUGUCUCCUUGCAAGUAGGAGACGUCAUAAAUCCACUUCAAACACAGGCAGCUCAAUAUACAGUGGUCCAUAUACAAACACUGCCUAUAGUCACACUAGUUAGGAACUUAACUUUAUUUUCAAAUUCCUUCUUACUAUUUCCCUUCAAUUAAUUACGACGAAAUCAACGAGACGAUUAAUCGACUUUCAAACGAUUGAACGCCAUUAAAGAAAAGUGAUAACAGUAGGUUUUAGGUGCCAUUGCAACAACUAUUUACUUUUUUAAUUUUUUAAAGACUUGCUCACGUUAGUCAUACUUUGCUCCUUUAAACUGCCAUACACCUAAAUUGCUUAUAUUAAGGGUGACUUAAGAACACGUAAUUAGAGUUACAUAAAUUAAAAUCAAUCUAUAAUAACAAAAUAUAAACAUAUUUAUCUAGAAAAUACGUAUUUCGAUUUUAGUAUUAAUUGUAUUUCCUAUUUUUCGUAUGGUAGGUAGAUACUAUACAUGCAAUUCAAGCUUUAAUAUUUGGAGCAAUUAGGUUUAAUAUGGGAUUUUGGUGAAGGGUAUCUAUUAAUAAAUUUGCAAAUUCUGUAACAACAGCAUGUACAAAACGUACAGCUCUUGUUAAAUUUGCAAAUGUUUUGUUAUUUUUAUACAUUUACAAAUAAUCGUUUGAGAUGAUGUUGCAUUUUUUCAAUAUAAUUUUAAUAGUUGGAAUGUUAUUAAUCUGUAACUGUAGACAUUUUAACUUAUCUGACCUGGAGUCACAGUGACAUUGAUUACCUCUAGUUUGUAUAUAUUUCUAUACGAAUUUAAUGUCGCUCUGAUUCAUGGUCAACAAGUCACGUUACAGAACAAAGUAAAUUUGUUUAAAUCAAAAGACUAAAAGGUGCUUAU